AUGGCUGUUCUCAAUAACUCUGAGGUCCAGCUUUUCCUUCUGAUUGGAAUUCCAGGAUUGGAACAUGCCCACAAGUGGAUCUCCAUUCCCAUUUGCCUCCUAUAUCUGGUUGCCAUCAUGGGCAACAGUACCAUUCUCUUUAUCAUAAAGACAGAGUCCUCACUUCAUGAACCCAUGUAUUAUUUCCUUGCCAUGUUGGCUAUCUCUGACCUGGGCCUGUCCUUCUCCUCUCUCCCUACCAUGCUGAGAAUCUUCUUGUUCAAUGCCAUGGAAAUUUCACCCAAUGCCUGCUUUGCUCAAGAAUUUUUCAUCCAUGGAUUCACAGUCAUGGAGUCCUCAGUACUGCUGGUUAUGUCUUUGGAUCGCUUUCUUGCCAUUCACAAUCCCCUGAGAUAUAAUUCUCUCCUCAUUAGCAACAGAAUUGUUAAAAUGGGAGUGAUUUUAGCCACCAGGAGCCUUCUCUUAGUGUUUCCAUUUCCUUUCAUGCUAAGGAGAUUGAAAUAUUGUCAGAAGAAUGUCCUUUCUCACUCAUACUGUCUUCAUCAGGAUACCAUGAAACUGGCCUGCUCUGACAACAAGAUCAAUGUUAUCUAUGGUUUCUUUGUUGCUCUCUGUACUAUGCUGGACUUGGCUUUCAUUGUUACUUCUUAUACACUGAUACUGAAGACUGUACUCAGCAUUGUAUCUAUGGCAGAGAGACUUAAGACCCUUAACACCUGUGUCUCCCACUUCUGUGCUGUACUUAUUUUCUAUGUGCCCAUCAUUACACUGGCUGCCAUGCACCACUUCGCCAAGCACAAAAGCCCCCUUGCUAUAAUCCUUAUUGCAGACAUAUUCUUGUUGUUGCCACCCCUAAUGAAUCCCAUUGUGUAUUGUGUAAAGACUCAACAAAUCCGGGAGAAGGUCUUGGGUAAGCUAUCUAACAUAUGUGGGAGAUAA